AUGGGAUGUGGCAUGGGAAAAUCUGAACUACAGCUGAAGAAAUGUGAAAGAGCAAUCAGAGCGGCUCUGUUGAUCCAGCGUUGGUACCGUCAGUAUGUCGCACGGCUGGAGAUGAGACGCAGGUGCACGUGGAAUAUCUUUCAGUCUAUUGAAUAUGCAGGAGAGCAGGACCAGAUCAAGCUCUACAAUUUUUUUGGCUUCUUGAUGGACCACUUCACUCCAGCCAGCAGUGAAAGAAACCUAAUAUCUCACAUCUUUCGCAAGAAUGAAAUCUGCCGUGACACAGAGUGGGAGCGAUAUUUUUGCUACAAGAGCAUUGAGGUAAGCGAUAGCUACACCGGCCCCCAUCUGACCUUCCCUGUGACCUUCUGUGGGGUGUCGAAGCUGGUUGAGGCCUUCAAGCACAAACAACAGCUUCAUGCUCGAUAUGUUCUGCAGCUUCUUGGAGAAACUUGGAGACUUUUAAAAAUUCUUCAAAACAUCAGUCACAUCUCUGCCUGCCAUACAAAGCCGAUUACCAUAUGCGGAGAUUUACAUGGGCAACUUGAGGACCUGCUGUUGAUAUUCUAUAAGAAUGGUUUGCCAUCCUCCGAGAAGCCGUAUGUCUUCAAUGGAGACUUUGUGGAUCGUGGUAAAAACUCCUUAGAAAUCCUGCUCAUCCUUUUUGGGUUCCUGCUGGUCUAUCCCAACGAUGUCCAUCUUAACAGAGGGAACCAUGAGGACCACAUUGUUAACCUGAGAUAUGGUUUCACUAAAGAAGUUUUGGGAAAAUACAGGGUGCAUGGCAAGACGAUCCUAAAGCUCCUCCAGAAGAUUUUCAGCUGGCUGCCUCUGGCCACAGUGAUUGAUAACAAGGUGCUGAUAGUGCAUGGUGGGAUCUCUGACACCACAGACCUCAACCUGAUAGCCAGAGUGGACAGACACAAAUAUGUGUCGGCUCUCAGGCCUCCAAAGGUGACCCACCAAGCAGUCAAUGGCAGUAAGACUCAAACAAUGAACAACAGGAACAGGGAGGACAGUGAACCAGUGGAGGGCCGGCGUCGAGUGUGUUCUCUGACUAACCACAGCUCGGCGACAGUUCACAGGCACGAACUCCCACGCCGUUCGCUCCACAACGCGCCCGUGAGCAGUCAACCCAACUGGUCGGUGGAAGAGGAGCUGAAAAGGAGGCGCAGGCUGGCUGGAUUCGACCAGACCUACGGUAAACUGAAGAAGUCUGGGUCUGACUCAGACCCGGAGUCUGGAGAAACAACGGACACAGAUGUUGAUGAGUGGCAACAAAUAGUGGAUUUGUUGUGGAGUGACCCAAUGCCCCAAAAUGGCUGCGUUCCCAAUGAGGUGCGAGGCGGAGGCUGCUACUGGGGCCCAGAUGUCACUGAGGAGGUUCUGGGAAGACACAACCUCCAGCUCCUCAUCCGCUCCCACGAGUGCAAACAGGACGGCUAUGAGUUCUGCCACAACCGCAGGGUGCUGACUAUAUUCUCAGCGUCUAACUACUACGAGGUGGGCAGUAACAGAGGAGCCUACAUCAGAAUGGGACCCGAUCUGGUUCCCCACUUUGUUCAGUAUCAGGCCAGCAGGACAUGCAGAGAGCUCACCCUGAGACAAAGUGUCGGGUGGACAGAGAGAUCAGCUCUGCAAGCUCUGAGGAAACAACUGUUCGUGCAUAAGUCAGAUCUCAUCAGUGCCUUCCAGGAGUUUGAUCCUAACAACAAAGGGAUGAUCUCUCUGAGGCACUGGGCCAGCGCCACAGAGAGAGUACUAAACCUGGGUCUACCCUGGAGGGUGCUGCGCCCUCAGCUUGUCAGCAGCACCCAGCAUGGAAUGGUCGACUACCAGCAGUGGAUAAGGGAGCUCUCCAUCACUGAGCCCAAACUGGAGAUCUCAGAUAACAGCAUCCUGGAGACUAUGUACAAAAACCACUCCAACCUGGAAACCAUCUUCCGAAUCAUAGACACAGAUAACUCAGGUUUGAUCUCUUUCGAGGAGUUUCGUCAGACCUGGAAACUCCUGAGUUCUCAUCUUAAGACAGAGAUCAGUGACAAGGCCAUCGCAGACCUGGCCCAGAGCAUCGACUUCAACAAGGACGGGAGCAUCGAUAUCAAUGAGUUCAUGGAGGCUUUCCGGCUGGUAGACAUCUCUGCACAUACCUGA